AUGUUGGUAGAUAGCCGUUAUUGCGUACAACAGGUGGAGAAGAUUUUGUCGGAUAUGGAAGAGCUGUACGAGCGUGAAUAUGAUCGGCUUCAUUUACAAACUACUAGGAAGGCCCAGUUGCGGAAACUAGUUCGGAAUGGUUACCCGACAGGAUCGCAGCAGAUCGUUCAUGAAAGAGUACGUGCGACUCUGUUCAUUGAUUCGCUGUGUCUUAUUACUGACGGACUACCUGAAUUCAAGUUGUUAUUCCGUCGAGGAGCACCACCGCCUGAUCCCACACUACUCAUAAAAGAAGGAAGAUUGUACAAGUUCCGCAUUGAUUUCUAUGUGCACAGAUGCCCAGUCGAAGGACUAGUAUACAAGCACACGGUACAUCGCUUAGGCGAAAGGAUUCUCGCUGAAUGGUACUAUCUCGGAGACUUCCAGCCUAAUAAAGUUGUGCAAACAUUUGCACUGCCGUUGGAAAGAGCUCCAGAAGGCCCAUUUCAUCUUGGUAUCUAUUCCGUCAAAGGGAUUAUGGUCGACAAAUACCAUCGAGAGUUGGCCGCAUGGCGCUGGUUCUUCAAAAUCAUUAAAAGCUGUGUGCAAUGA